AUGCUGCUCACCGAAUUUGUAGCCCAUCUUACAAGGACGACUCCUCAACUCAGCACCACACUCACGGUAGGGGACUUCGUGCGCUUCAUGUCCCUUGCAUCCGAAGUCCAACAGCGCGCUGGCCAAGGACUUCGACUCCGAUCGUACCGACUACCAGUCGCCAAAUUCUUCCUCGCGGCACUAAAACCAGCGUUCCUGCACCCACUCAUCCGCAGCCUCUGGAGUUUGGCCUGGGAUAUCUUACCAUCCGCCCGUAUCGAUUCUACCACAUCUAUCCGGGAACUCGGCGUUGAAACCGAUAACACCUCCAAGGUCGCCGAGCAAUACCUGCGAGCCCCUGUUUCCCGGUGUCUUGUCUGUCCAAACACACCAAAGCUACACGUCCACUCGCGCCUAAACGCGUACGUCUUUGACUCGGAUGGUGUACACACCGCCGAGACAACCAUCCUGAGAUGUCCAGAUACGAAAUGUGCAACAUCCUAUAGACCAAGCUACUACACCCGGGAAGGACUGCGAUGCUACUACAACAUAUCAUUGGGCCGUGACCCGGACAUCCUUCAAGUGCAUUGUCACUACUACAUGACCCGACGUUUGCACCACAUGUUACGUGGGAUUCAGUUGUUAGCGCAUGUUUCUCACUUCAACUUAGUGAAUUGGUACAAUAGGACAUUUUUCAACGAGUGUAACAUUCCUCAAUUUGCCUCCGAUCAAGCGUUUUCACCGGCGAUGUCGGAGGCUGUGUGCAGCGAUGGACUGGACCUCCUCUCCCUCCUCGAUCACGCAGACCGCAGGGGUACCCAGCUCACAGUUAGCGCAAGUGGGACCAAUCAUCUACGUUUUGAGGAUGCCAUGGGCCUCCAUCUCGAUCUCUUGGCCGUCGAGGGUACCCGAGACCGGGACCACUACUGCUCCCGCUGUGUUCGAAUUCAAUCGGGCGGAAUUGAUUCUGAGACUGGCGAGGAAAUCCUAUUAGGCAUACGUGCCGUUGUAACUGAUGGUCUCACUAUAGGCCAUUGGCGCUGUAGUGCUACCACCAAUCAGCUCGCUGAGAUGACUAAUACGGCCGGAUUACGACAACCUGAAGGACCCUGCACCAACAGGCUGGAGAACAUCAAUCACCGCUUCUGUAAAGAACACUUUCAUCUCCUGGGGAAUCGUUGUCAAGCUCAACCUUGCACUUCAUUGUGCGAACCCGGAAGCAGGACUUGCAAGAACGAAGCUCACAUCAGCGCGAUGCAAGCGUUUGAAAAACGAGUAGAAGGUAGCUUUUCUCUCACGGCCAUUCUGAAUCGACCAGGUUCAAACCUUCCCUCAGAUGCAACGGUUCAUCUAAACACCGAGACUGGGGAGUUUGAAGACCUGGAAAGUCUUCAACAAGCGGACGAGUCCAACCGGGCACACGAACGUGCCCGCGACGGUGGGGAAUCUCAACAAAAAGACAAAGUAUGUUUAAGUCGAAUGCGAACACACAACGAUCAACUCAUCGUGGGCCGGUGGCAUCAUAUUGGCACGCAAAACGUUCUAUCACUCCGAAUCCGUCAGUGCCGUUAA